CCUUCAGUAUAUUUGGGUUGAUACCAUCGACAGCACGAAAACUACGAUUUUUUGUGUGUGUUGAACGUGUGUUGCUGUAGUUUAAUAAAUAAAUAAAUCCGGAAAUAAUCCCAUAUUAAUACUAAUGGUAAUAAUGAACUGAAUUGCGAAAAAGAAGAGGCCGGUUUCGUGUUUGAAAAUUGUUUACAGUUGUGGAAGAGUAAAAUUGUUUUUACAAAACGGACAGUAUUGGAGGUGAAGUUUUUCAGUGAAAUUAUUUUAGUAAGGACGCCUGACGGUAAAACCGUUUCAAAAAUGAAGGACAAUAAAAUAGAACUACAGGACCUCAAUGCUGAGGCACCGAUGCUCAACAAAGACGAUGCUGGAGAGGACUACGAUCCGCAUCUUCACCGUGACGUACCAGAUGCCACCUCGAACACUCAGACUUUGGUCCAUCUGCUAAAGGGAUCGUUGGGAACUGGAAUUUUAGCAAUGCCACAAGCAUUUUAUUAUGCCGGAUAUGCGUCUGGCGUUAUAAAUACCAUUUUCAUUACGUUCAUCUCGACGUAUUGCCUGUUGGUAUUGGCCAAAAAUCAGUAUAUUUUAUGCAAGCGACAUCGCCUACCAAUGUUAUCAUACCCGAUAUCAAUGAAAAUGGCUCUGGAAGAAGGACCCACAUACUUGCGAUUUCUGUCGAAAAUUGCCAUACCGUUCGUGGAUGGAUUUCUAAUAGUUUAUCAAGCCGGAAUCUGUUGCGUCUACAUAGUGUUUGUAGCUGAGAAUAUUAAAGAAAUCGUGGAUGCACUGGGUAUUCAGUGGAAUGUCAAAGUUUACAUGGUAAUAUUGUUGAUUCCAUUAAUACUGCUGAUGUGUGUUCGAAAUUUGAAACUGCUGGCCCCACUGUCUCUGUUUUCUAAUGUCAUAACGUUCCUGGGUGUCGCAUUGAUAUUCUACUAUUUCUUCAAAGACGGCAUAGCCGGACCAUCGGAACGCAUUGCAUUCAAUUCACUUGCAAAUUUCCCAUUAUUUUUCGGUACAACUCUAUUCGCAAUAAAUGCUGUUGGUGUGGUCAUUGCCGUGGAAAAUAACAUGAAAACUCCAAAAUCUUUCAAUAUGGUAAUGAGUCUAGCUAUGACCAUCAUAUGUGUACUGUACGCCGUAUUUGGUUUCGUUGGAUAUUUGCGAUAUGGCGAAAGCUGUAAGGGAAGUGUUACACUCAAUGCUGACCAAACAGAGAUCUUAGCUAAAUGCAUUCGCGGUAUCUUCGCAUUAGCAACAUUCAUUUCCUACGGCCUACAAGGAUACGUUCCAGUCUCCAUCGUUUGGGGAACAUAUUUGAGCAAAGUGUGGGAGGAUUCAGACUAUAAAAUCUACUACGAAUUUGCUGUUCGUAUCUUGAUUGUGCUGAUAACAAGUGCUGUUGCUGCGGCUAUUCCAUUCAUCGGAUUGUUCAUUAGUCUUGUCGGAGCACUGUGCAUAUCAGUGUUGGGAAUAAUGUGUCCAGCACUAAUGGAAAUUUGUGUUUUAUACAAAGACAAAUUGCCGGUUUUGACUGUCAUCAAGAAUCUCUUCUUCAUUAUAGUCGGAAUCGUGGGCCUAGUCGUUGGAACGUGGACCAGUGUUCGGGAUAUAAUUGCUGAGUACAGUAAAUAAGAAUUGUUUUCAAGUCAAUCCUAAGACAUUGUUAAAAGUGUAUCCUAUUUGUUGAGGGGCGCAAGGUCUCUUAUAAUUGCUAUUUUAAUAGCACCAAAGAAAUUGUAUAGUUAGGAAACAGGAGGAUAUUACUAUGACAUCAGAAUUUACAAAAACGGCAAACGAUUUCUUUCUUUCUUUCGAAUACAAUUUCCGGGCAUUUAAGAGCUAUCUUCACCUCAUGUAUGUUCGCAGCUAACGCUUUCUUUCAGUUGCAUGCUUCUGUUAUUCAACUAUCAUCUGGACAAAGACAUCAGAAAUACUAUGUCAUUGCAUCUGGGCAUCUCACGGUGAGCUUGAAAUUUUUUUUAUUUGACCUCUCGUGGACAUGAAAUGUUUUUAGUGGUUUUUGUAGAGGGCGG